AUGAGCAGUGAUCCUCAAACUGGAACAAGCACUAACCGAGCAAAUACACUUCAAAUUCCCAAUGUAGGAAUUGAAGAGACAGGAGAACUAUCACCAUCAAUAUUAACGGCAAUUAAUCAUCUUUCAAUUGAUAAUUCUUCUGAUGAAUCAUCUGAUGAGUUGGAAGAAGACUCGGACACUUUAAGGACCGAGCAAUCUUCUUAUGCGAAUUCUGCAUUUGAUGAAUCCACUACUACAUUAUCUCAACCUGUUGGUCCUGCAGAACAUUUAAGGGCUUUAAUUAUAAAUAGACCAACCGCUCAAAUGAUCACAACUUUUAGAUUACAAAAAACGCGAGAAGAAAUGACACAUGAAGAAGUAGUUAAAUUCGUAUUGAACCCUGUUCCACAAGGUCAAAAAGUUCUUUGCAAAAUAACUCGUAGUAAAGAUGGUUUUGGAAAAUUAUAUCCUCAGUAUGAACUUUAUAUUGAAGAUACUUUAGAAAAUGGGGAUGAAAUAAAAAUAUUUCUUCUUGCUGCUAAAAAAAGAAAAAAGAGUAAAAGUUCUCAUUAUGUCAUAACAACAGAUCGACUUGGCGCAAAUUUCCCGUCGGAUAAUAUUGUAGGAAAGGUCAGAUCUAAUUUCUUGGGUACAGCUUUCGGUAUAUAUUCAAAUGGGCGAAAUCCAUUUAAACGUGAACCCGAAUCAUCAACUUUUCCUAUUCGAGAAGAAUUUGGAGCAGUUGUUUAUGAUCCCAAUAUUCUUGGGUUUAAAGGACCGAGGAAAAUGACUGUCUUAUUAAUAGGGAUGACGAAGCAAGGUGCAAGACCGGUAUUUAGACCGGAAACGGAUGCAGAUACAUUGAUUGGAAAGUUCAAAAAUGGAGAACAUAGAGAUAUUUUGGUAUUGCAUAACAAAUCUCCACAAUGGAAUGAAGAAACACAGUCAUAUGUUUUAAAUUUCAGUGGAAGGGUUACUUUGGCUUCAGUUAAAAACUUUCAAAUUGUACACGACAAUGAUCUGGAUUACAUUAUAAUGCAAUUUGGACGUGUUGAAGAAGAUACAUUUACGAUGGACUUUAUGUAUCCAAUGUGUCCUCUUCAAGCAUUUGCUAUCGCAUUAACAAGUUUUGACGCUAAAUUGGCUUAUGGUUUAUUUGGGUUCAAUCCUAAAUUUUUUCUUUUCCAACAAUAUGACAUAGCUCAAAGUAAGCCUUUUAAAGGAGAGUUUGUAGUGAUAACAGGAGGAACGCGUGGAAUAGGAUAUUCUAUUGCACAAAAAUUCGCACAGAAUGGCGCAAGGUGUGCUUUGAUAGGACGUAAUAAAGAGAGAGUUGAAAAGGCAAAGAAUUACAUAAAUAAAAAUUUUGAAGUAGACAAUAAUCAUUUAGGAUAUGAAUGUGAUUUAAGAAUUCCUACAGAAAUUGAGAAUGUUUGCACGGUAUCUCUGCGAGUAUCAUAUGAUUCGCUCGUUGUUAGACUUAAAGAACAAAAUGUGAAUGAUAUUAUUCAAACAAAUCUUCUUGGAACAAUUUAUAUGUGUAGUCAUAUCUCUAAACAAAUGAUUAAAACGAAAAAGGGAUGUAUAAUUAAUAUUUCAAGCGUUGUUGGAUUACAAGGGAAUAGUGGUCAAUCCGUUUAUAGUGCUUCAAAAGCUGGAAUUAUUGGAUUUUCAAAAUCAUUGGCUAAAGAACUUGCACGGAAGAAUAUUCGCGUAAAUGUCAUCGCACCUGGAUUUAUUGAGACUGAUAUGACUUCAACAAUUUCUGAAAAAGAAACUUAUAAAAACAAAAUAUUAAUGCAAAGAUUUGGUAAACCUGAGGAAGUUUCCGAUGCUGCUUUGUAUCUUGCAAAAGCUGAUUAUGUUACUGGGCAGACACUUAUUGUUGAUGGUGGAUUGAUUUCUACAUAA